AAGUGUUGUGGUUAUGUUAUGAAGCCAGAGAUAAAUCUAAAUUAUUACUUUGUAUCGUGACGUGGGAAUCGGCAUGCCAAUUAAUAGACUUUAAAUGUCGUUUCUUUGUUUACAGAGCAACACAAUACGUUUAUUUUGGUUGAUUCCUAAUAAGUCCUGAGAAUUGUCUUAUAAAACGACAUUUCUAGUAAAAAAAGAAGAUGGAAAAAUUAAGAUUUACGUUCGCAAUAUUAGCGACGGGCCCGGAAGGAAAAACAAAUACAAUGUGCAUAACCUCAAUCGAGGUACCUGAUGGUCGUGUUUUUGAAGUUCCGGACGAUCUGAAACCUGCCAGUAAACACACGGGUAUAACUACUACGGAAGUAUUUACGAAAGUCAAAAAUUCUCUGAAAAAAAGACAUCAAACACGAAAAUUAUGGAUCCCAUUAACUGAAGGGUUGAGAAAAAUCUACUUGGACGAAGGUGAAAAUGUACAGUUCGGUGACCAAUAUCUAGACGAAAUUAUAAGUGAAACAACACAAUCAACUAAUAAUAGUAAUAACACAGAACCUGUAAGUAAAAAUUUGGGGAAAAUAGCUGAACGGUUUUUACUGGAGAAAUUUUCAGGGAAAACGACAAACGUUGAGCAGUGGAUCAAGGAAUUUGAGAGUGAAUGUAAAAGAUUUGAAAUGGUACAGGAUACAAAAAAAAUUGAAAUGUUAAAACAUUUAAUGGAUAAACAAUGCUUAGAUUGGUACAACAGCAUGGUAAUAAAAUUUACCAUAGAUUCAGACUGGAUGAUUUGGAAAAAUAAUCUAUGUGAGUCAUAUGGAAAUAAAGGCUGGUCUCAGAUUAAAUAUGCAUUUACAUUUAAAUACCAAGCGGGCUCAUUAAUAGAAUAUGCCACAAAGAAGGAAAGGCUACUACUAAAAGUAAAUAAACAGACUGACUCGCAGACAAUGAUUCAUCUCAUCGUAAUGGGUCUACCAGAUUUCAUAAUGGACAAGAUCGAUAAGGGAAAAAUAACAUCCACCACAAGUCUUUACAAUGAACUUGGGAAAUAUGAGCAUAUAAUAAAUAAAAAGACUUACAAUAAAACAAAAAGAAACACCUUUGACGCUAAAGGUGCAGCCGAUAAGAUCAAACCCUGCAAAAUCUGUGAGAAAUUAAACAAAGGUACCCGUUUCCACCCUGAGGAAAAAUGCUGGUUUAAGCAGACAGGGGAUCGUGACAACAAGAAAAAUUACAAGAAUGUGAACAAUGUUGUGCUAGAUGUUGAAUUGAGUGAUGAUGACCAAAAAAACGAGUAAUUACACCAUUGAUUAAAGUCAAACUAAUAUUAAACGAAAAAUUGGAAGUAUUGGGUAUAUAUGAUCCAGGCUCUAAUGUAUCCCUAGUUAAUUCCAAAUUAUUAAAGCUAAAAAAAUCAGAAAAAAAUUAUGAUAAAAAUGCAAAAUUAGUAACAAUUAAUGGUGUAAAAAGAACAAAAGGUUUGACAAAUUUAAAAAUAAAAAUUAUGGAAAUAGAAAAACACAUGGAUGUGUACAUAGUGGAUGGAAAAGAAUUUAAGUAUGAUUUCCUAAUAGGACUGGACAUAAUAAAAGAAUUUAAGUUGGCUCAGGAUGAACAUUUGGAAAUCAGUCAAAAAACAGAAAAACGGUCAAUGGAAAAGGAAAAACAUGAAAAAGCUACUUCUAAAGUGCUCAAUACUGAAAUAAAGGUACAUACUGUGAAUUUCAAUGAACACAUGAAGGAAAAUUUUAACACAAAUAUGAGUCAUUUAAGUGAACAGCAAAAAUCUGAAAUAAAUAGACUAAUUGAAAAGUAUAAAUCAAGCUUUGCCAAAGAUAAAUAUGAUAUUGGAACAGUGAGAGACUAUGAAGCGCGAAUAGACCUGCUUGUGGAUAAAUAUUGUAGCAAACGUCCUUACAAAUGUUGUAUACAAGAUAAAAAAGAAAUAGAAGAACAAAUAGGAAAAUUACUUCAGAAGAAUCUCAUAGAGGAAUCAUACAGUCCUUUUGCUGCACCAGUGACCUUAGCUUUUAAAAAAGAGGAUAAAAGAAGAUCCAGAUUGUGCAUUGACUUUAGAGAUCUAAAUAAAAUAGUUGUUCCGCAAGCACAGCCAUUUCCAUUAAUUGAGGACUUAGUAAUAAAGACAAGGAACUGCAAAUAUUUCUCAACAUUGGAUAUUAAUUCGGCAUUCUGGUCUAUACCACUGCGGAUUGAAGACAGAAAGAAGACUGGCUUUGUCACACAAGAAGGCCAUUUUCAAUGGACCUGCUUACCGUAUGGAUUGAAGACCUCGCCUGCGAUAUUUCAAAGAAUAUUGAGCAACAUACUAAGAAAGCAUAGAUUAACUGACUUUACCGUUAACUAUAUAGAUGAUAUCUUGGUAUUUUCUAAUUCUUAUACUGAACAUAUCAACCAUUUGACGCAGUUAUUAGAGGCAAUAAAAAAAGAAGGUUUCAGGCUAAAGUUCACUAAGUGUACAUUUGCAUCAAGUUCAGUAAAAUAUCUUGGUCAUGUAAUACAGAAUAACACAGUUCGACCAGUGACAGAUAACUUAGUUUCAAUAAGAGAAUUCCCAAUACCGAAAACUCAGAAAAACAUUCGACAGUUUUUAGGAAAAAUUAAUUUUUAUCGGGAAUACAUACCGAACAGCUCUAUAAUUUUAGAACCACUGCAUAACCUACUAAGGAAAAAUCAAAAAUUUGUUUGGUCGGCUGACUGCCAAAAUUCAUUUGAAGAAAUAAAAAAGAAAAUGUGUUCACAACCAAUCCUGGAAAUUUUUGAUAAAGAUUUACCAAUAAAAAUAUACACAGAUGCAUCACUAGAGGGAAUCGGUGCGGUCUUGAAACAAACACAGCCAAACGGAGAAGAAAAGCCGGUAGCUUACUUUUCAAAAAAAUUGAAUGAUGUUCAAAGAAGAAAAAAAGCGAUAUAUUUGGAAUGCUUGGCCAUUAAAGAAGCCAUAAAAUAUUGGCAAUAUUGGCUAAUUGACAAGUCAUUCAUAGUAUAUUCUGACCAUAAGCCGUUAGAAAAUUUGAAUAUCAAAUCUAGACCCGAUGAAGACUUGGGAGAAUUAACUUAUUAUUUAUCACAAUACGAUUUCAGAAUAAAAUAUGCACCGGGUAAGGAUAAUUUAGAGGCAGACUGCUUAAGCAGGAAUCCAGUAAUAGAAGCCAAUGAAGAUUUAGUCGAACAAUUAAAAAUAGUAAAUUUAAUACAAUUACAGGAUAUACUCACAGAUCAAGAAAAAAAUAAGGACAUUCAUUACUAUAAAAAAAAAUUAAUACAUAGAGACAAUAUAUAUUAUAAAAAAAACAGAAAACGAGAAAAAAUCGUAUUGUCAGAAGAAUUCAGUAUAAAACUAAUUCAAAAAGUACAUGAAAAUAUGUGUCACAUCGGUAUAAAACAAAUGCAAAUGAAAAUCGGAAAACAAUAUACGGCAAGAAAUAUGACUAAAAAUAUCAUUAAUAUAUGUAAAAACUGCGAGGUAUGUAUAAAGAAUAAAACAAGAGGACAUGUUAAAUAUGGUUUAAUGUCGCAUUUAGGUCCCGCCACUAAGCCAUUAGAAAUCGUCUCUAUAGACACAAUUGGCGGAUUUGGUGGAUCGCGAUCGACAAAAAGAUACCUUCACCUUUUAGUGGACCAUUUCACGCGAUAUGCGUAUAUAAUAACCUCGAAGACGCAGAGUGCAAAGGACUUCAUAAGACUAAUCAAUAAGGUAACAAAGGAUUAUGAAAUUAAUAUGGUUCUGUCUGACCAAUAUCCAGGAAUAAACUCCAAGGAAUUCAAAGAUUUUUUAAAUGAAAAAUCGAUACAGCUGGUUUUCACUGCAGUAAAUGCACCAUUCUCGAACGGUUUGAAUGAAAGACUUAAUCAAAAUCUUGUGAACAAAAUAAGAUGUAAAAUAAAUGAAAAAGUCAAUAUGACUGCGUGGACAACAAUUGCUCAUGACUGUGUGAAUAAAUAUAACAACACUGAACACUCAGUCACUGGUUUCACACCAAGAUAUCUCUUGGAUGGCUCAGAUGAUCCAUUACUGCCAAACGAAUUAAAACCAGAUAAAGCAAUAGAUGACUGGAUUAAAAAUAAAAAAACUGCAUUCGAAAAUUCAAUCAAGUCUCACAACUAUAACAAAAUGAUAUAUGAUAAAACUAGAAAAUAUCAUGAAUUCAAUACAGGUGAUAUGGUAUAUGUAGAAAACGGACACAAAUUAAAUAGAAGAAAACUGGAUGAGUUGAAGAUUGGACCUUUUGAAAUUAAGGAAAAAAUAUCAAAUUCUAUAUAUAGAAUUAAUACAGGCCACAAGAAGUUGGAGUCAAAUCUUUUUCAUAUCACGAAACUCAUUCCAGUUUCUGCAUAAGUGAAGAGUCAGGAUACGAAUCAUAGCGUGUUUGAAAAUUUUCAGUGAUAGAAAAUUUUCUUCCCGUGGAGGGGAGAUAUAAAGAAAUAAGAUUUCUUUGAAUGGACUAUCUAUUAUUGUACAGUCUAUGACUCUGUCGGUAAAGCAGAAGUUCACUUAACAAGAUCCACAGAUGGCGCUGUCACCUCCAUUGCCGGACUGUGUCGGUAAAACAGGACUUGUUCAUUAAAGAUGGCGGAAAGUGUUGUGGUUAUGUUAUGAAGCCAGAGAUAAAUCUAAAUUAUUACUUUGUAUCGUGACGUGGGAAUCGGCAUGCCAAUUAAUAGACUUUAAAUGUCGUUUCUUUGUUUACAGGUAUGGUAUUAGUGUAGUUAAGGCUAAAUAAGUCAAGCUUCAAAUGUUAACUUUUAGGUUAAUAAAAAUCUUUGUUUACAGAGCAACACAAUACGUUUAUUUUGGUUGAUUCCUAAUAAGUCCUGAGAAUUGUCUUAUAUAUAU